UUGUUAGAAAAACAACAUGGCGGCCAAACUUGGUCUAAUGAAAAACUCUUUUAGCGUUUUAUCAUCUUUUCUACCAAAAGCUACUGCUACUACUACGAAUAUUUCGAUACAAAGAAUCCCAUCUUUUUACUUAGCUGCUAGGAAUUUUUCUUCUUUAAGUUUGAAGCAGAAAAAUGCGGUCAGUUUAGCUUGGAGCUGCAAGAAAGGUGUUUGUGACACAUGGACAGUCUUUACAACUAGAUCUAUCGCUUCCAAACCUGGCUCAAGAUUUUCGCAGAUAGAUGAAAACGAAGAUGAAGAAAAAGCUUCAAAUUCCACAGAUAAACUGAAAAAGUUAACUUUGGAUGAUAUUGUUUUACAGUGGCCAGAACAAAAACCAGUAUGGUUAGGGUACAGACGUAACCAUAAAGGACAAAUGCCCCCAAAGAGAACAAGAUUAAGAUGUACAACUGUUUCAAAGAAACUUCUCACACAAAACCCCUGUCCUGUCUGUCGAGUACGAGUCGAGAAGAAUUAUGAACUAGAUAGUAAGGAUGUGGUAUUCCUAAGCCAGUUUCUUAACCCUCAUACCAGUGAAGUGCUUGAUACCAAGCAAACAGGAGUUUGCAGACAACAACAGAAAAAAUUAAUAAACAUGAUAGAGAAAUCAAAGGAUCAAGGUUACAUGCCAUUUACAAUCCCUGGCCCAAGAGACCCGCCAAAGAAAUUCAAACCAGCAGGAAUUCCAGCACCAAAUAUCAGAAAUAAGACAGGAUAGAACUUAAAACAUACUGAUAAUGUCUAAAUAAAACAACAACAAAUGCUAAGAAAACAUACCAGUCUAUACCUCAGUUUCACUUACUAGUGCUUUCCUGUAUGUCUAUUAUACUUGCCUGAAUUAAAUGUCUUCAAGUGCCUCUGA